CUUCCUAGUUGUUCCUAGUUCUGGCCGUGCUUUUUCGGGGAACAUAGCCCGAAGUGUUCUAACUUUAUGAUCUGUGUCGCGGUGUCGCACUCCGUCAUACGGUCCUCGACAUAAACAAAAAGCUCGCCCGAAACCGCAUUUGAUGAUCAAAUAGCAGGUACACAAAUAAGAGCAGAAACAAAUUAUAAAAAGGUCGCGAACAGAAGGAGGACGAGGAGGAACCAAAGGCGGAGAAAAAAGUUUAGUUUUAUGGAAGAACUUAAAAGCCGCCUCACGACCGGUAGUGCAGACAAGGUGAUGAGUGGUGAGAUUAAACACCACGAAAUGCUGAAACAUCCCAGUCACGUGGGCUGACCUGACUCGCCCUCACCACAAUCACCGGGAAGAUGUCCUAAUAUGGGUCAUAUUUGGUUGUUCAUCAGAGCAGCUUUAAUCCUGCUUAUCACGAGACAAUCAAUCGCUUUAUCUCUCGUAGAUUUGUUAGACGAGGAAGGUAAAUCGGACAAAGAAAUCCUGGAUAAUCUGCUAGGCGUCACGAGAUACGACAAGAGACUUUUGCCUCCCGUCACAGAUGCGGACUUUUGCUGCGGCUUGCAGUCCCCCGAGGAUAAUGGUUCCAUCCUCGUCCCAACCAGCAAACAGCGCGGUACCUUAACAGUGAACGUUAGCGUCCUGCUUCUGAGUCUCGCAUCUCCCGACGAAUCUAGUUUGAAAUAUGAGGUAGAAUUCCUGCUGCAACAGCAGUGGUACGACCCAAGAUUGCGCUACUCGAAUCUCAGUAAGUACGACCACCUGAAUGCGAUCCACCACCACGAUGAUAUCUGGCUGCCAGACACUUACUUCAUCAUGCACGGAGACUUCAAGGACCCCCUUAUUCCGGUCCAUUUCUCGCUUAAAAUCUUCCGAAACGGUAGCGUCACUUACCUCAUGCGGAGGCACCUUAUUUUAUCCUGCCAAGGUAGUCUUAAUAUAUUUCCUUUUGACGACCCUCUUUGUUCCUUCGCAAUGGAAAGUAUAUCGUACGAGCAAACGGCUAUCAAGUACGUAUGGAAGAACGAUGAAGAAAUAUUGCGAAAAUCACCAAGUCUUACAACCCUCAAUGCUUAUCUCAUUGAGAAUCAGACCAUUAUUUGCCCGACGAAGUCGAGCUGGCGAGGUAAUUAUAGCUGCCUUAAGGUGGAUCUAAAGUUCACGCGGGAUAGAGCAUUUUAUUUUACAACAGUAUUUAUACCAGGGAUUAUUUUAGUUACUUCUUCGUUUAUUACGUUUUGGUUAGAAUGGAAUGCAGUGCCUGCUAGAGUUAUGAUAGCCGAUGCGCUGUGCCCAAAUCUGUUCUCUCGACCCGCAGGUGUAACGACAAUGCUCAACUUUUUCACAACAUCGAACGGCUUCCGUUCGACAUUACCAGUGGUGUCAAAUCUGACGGCCAUGAACGUCUGGGACGGCGUCUGCAUGUGCUUCAUUUAUGCAUCCCUCUUGGAGUUCGUUUGUGUCAACUACGUGGGCCGAAAGAGACCGUUGCACAACGUAGUCUACAGGCCAGGGGAGAACCCCGUCACACAACGACUGCCCGCUGUGCUCAGCAGGAUAGGCAUUAUCCUGGCCAGUCCCCUGGAGUCAAUAGAACAAGAGUUUUACUCGACUUAUUGUGAAAGUCCCCAAGACGGGGGGGGACCCGAUGCCAAUUCAAGCGAUAAGAAAAGGGAGACGGCUUCGGUCGCCAAUGAGAUAGUGUCUUGUACAACGUGUGGACCAAAUCCCUGCACUCAUGCAGCCAACAAUGGCUGUGCUGAGUCUUGUAUAUUACAGGUACGGAAGAAGGAGCCGCCGCAUCCGAUCCGAGUGGCCAAGACAAUAGACGUGAUUGCCAGAAUCACGUUUCCAAGUGCGUUCGCGGUAUUUCUCAUAUUCUUCUUCUACCAUUACAACAGUUUCACAAACACCUAUGAGGAAUAAAUGUGGAAGGACUCGCAGCGUGAUCAAUCGAAAAAUUUUGGUUUCUAGUAUAUAUAUAGUUAAUACAUAUACAUAUAUAUGUAGUAAACCUUACAUUUAUUAUUUAUAUAUUUUAUUACGUAUGGCGUGCAUAUCAAGUAUUCUGCAGUGAGUGUGAAAAAAUGUGAUUUGUUGUAGAUAAGAAGAGGGCAUGAGAUUAUUGAAUAACAUUCAUAUAUAUAUAUACACACAAAUAUAUUUAUAAACUAAGUCACAGACUACUUAAUGAAUCAUAUUAUAUAUAUAUAUAUAAUUAGAGACAGAGUAAAUUAAUUACGAAAUGAAAACCAAAAAGUUCGCAAAACGUGUAGCUUUAAAGCACUGUACAUAGUAAAUUAUAUAUAUUAUUCGUAUAAUAUUAUAACUGUACUUUGUACUCAAACAAAAAGGAGAAAUCAUUACGUGUUAAAUAAUAAUAUUAUCAUUUGAAUGGCUGUCUGAACUAAACGGUUUAUUGUGUAUGUUCUGGAAAGGCUUCAGGAGACGACGCUUGCAGGCUUUUCGGUUUUCUAAGUUCAAGACAGUCGCGGUUUAGAAGAAGAAGAAAACGAAGAAACAAAAAGACAACAAAACAAUCGCAUAAAAUGAAGACAAAAGUGCAUGACUUCUUGUGAUAUUUUUGUGGCGCAACAAAAAAAAAUCUUGAUGGUGGCGUCAUCUGUACAUGGUUUAUUCUAUACGUAGAUCCGCACCGUAAUUUAACUUUUAUUUUCUCCCGUACGAUCGUCGGUGAUUUAUAGCUUUAAGCAUUGUUGAAUAAAUAAUAAUAAUUAAUUUAAAAACAACAAUAUUUUAAUCUAGACUAGAUU